AUGCUGUCUUCGUCUGGACUCUGGUCAUUGUGUAUUGCAGUUCUACUACUCUCCCAAGCAGCACACGGAGCACGGAGUCAUCCCAACCGAUACCGUUACUCCCAGAACGGAGGACCUGAGCUCUACAAUGGCUAUAACGCCAUCCAGGAGACGAUCUUGCCUGGCGCGGGAUGCACUACGCGUCCACCUCCGGAGAUCAAGGCACCCAAGAAGAAUGUCUGGGCAGAUCUAACCAGGAUUGAGAAGCAUCAGGUUGGGAGGUGGGUUAAGAACCGGAACGAAUUCAAAGGCUACGAAAUCGACUACAUGCAGAUUCUGACGCCUAACAAAACUGAUAUCCUGCAAUAUCUGGACCACGAUGGCGAAGAGCCCAGCAGGUAUGCAAACGUGGUGGUGUACGACUCGAAAAGCGAGCAGCCGCAGAAGGAACACUUACGCGUAGGGCCGCUCCCGGUGACGAAUGCAACCACUUGGGAGCCCCUAAGCUACCCAUACACGAGCAAAGACGGCAAGAUUCGAUGUCUGGCAGGCGCAACAAAAUGGCACGACUACGACAAAUUCAUUGCCAACAUAACCGAUCCGGUCAAGGAUGUCACCAAAGACCUCUGGAACCUCACGGCUGACGAGUGGUUUCCCUUGUCUCAAGACCCGCUAUGGCAGUACGACGAGAAGAUUACGGAGUGGUCACAGUUCUGGGCUUGGGGUACUGGUACCUCAUCCACUCUCUUACCAUUGGGGCUUUACUUCAAAUGCAGCUUUGACUUGUACAAGAGCGACCCGUCGAGCUGGAAAUUUGAAGGAUGGCUAUACAACAACAAGUUCUAUUCGACAACCGAAGAAUUUCGAAACGCAUACUCCUCGCCCAGAUUCGAAAAGCUGCCUCCCAAUAUCGACGGACCAUGGACACGUACCGAUCAAAAGGGACCUGUACUGCCGUUGGAUACCGAAGCACCACCGAUGCCUGUUGCAAAGUCGGCCAGGUUCUCAGUGGACCAUGACCGGAAGUAUGUGCAAUGGAUGGGCUUCUCAUUCUACAUGGGCUUCCGAGAGGAUGUUGGCAUGAGUCUGUGGGACAUUCGGUUCAAGGGGGAACGUAUUCUGUAUGAACUUUCUAUGCAGGAGGCACUGGCGCACUAUCUGGACAGUGCAUAUUCGAUGGGCAAUCUAGACGAGCUCAUGCCUGGCUUUGACUGCCCAACACAUGCUUCCUAUCUGAAUCUUACGGUUCUCGGUCCUUGGGAAGAGAAAGUCAAGAACGCCAUCUGUCUCUUCGAAUACGACGCCGACUACUCGAUACAAAGGCAUGCUACAGAGUCCAACACGAAGAACAUAUAUUUUGUCGUACGUACCAUUACGACCGUUGGGAAUUACGACUAUAGCUUCAGCUACGAGUUCUACAUGGACGGGAGCAUUCAGGUGGUGGUGCGAGCUGCUGGGUACAUCGAGGCUGCAUACUAUGCUCACAACAGCGACUACGGCUACCAAAUCCACGACGCUCUCUCCGGCGCAAUGCACGAUCAUGUCCUGAACUGCAAGGCUGACUUUGACAUCCUCGAUACAGCCAAUACCAUGGAGCUGGUGACAGUCACCCCUGCCACAGAGAACUACGUCUGGUCUGACCAGCCGCGCCACACCAUGAAACUUGUCCGCUCCCAAAUCGAAUCGGAGGACGAUAGUAGGCUUCAUUGGUCUGGAAAUGGUGCUACCCAGUACCGCAUCAUCAAUACCGACAAGCCGAAUAAGUACGGCGAGUACCGUGGCUACCGUAUCUUGCCCUCGCAAGGCACGAUCCACCUCUCCGCCUCCAACUCGAGCAACCUCGCCAACGCUGUCAAUUGGGCAUACCACGACCUCCAGGUGACCAAACAAAAAGACACCGAACCUCGCUCCUCUAACCCUUCGAACUACAACAACGUGUACGACCCCCUCGUCGGCUUCGACCACUUCUUCGACGGCGAAAGUCUCCAGCAAGAAGACCUCGUAGUCUGGUUCAAUCUCGGAAUGCACCAUAUACCUCAUACUGGUGAUCUGCCGAACACCGUCUUCACGACGCCGCAUUCGGCGGUGCAGAUCACCCCCUCAAAUUUCUUCGAUCGUGAUGAGAGUCGCGACACGGUGAACAUGAUCAAGUUGGACUGGAAGGCUGGGAAGGGCCACGUGGAGACGUUCGGGCAGGCGCAGCAGGUUUGUGUAGCGGAUGUGCCGCAUUAUUGA